AUGCCUCAAGUGGUGUGCAAGGAUCCUAUCCUUCAGUGUAACUUGGAUGAGUCUCUUCCUAUUCAUCACACAUAUCACCAGCUUGGAGAUGUUAACAUUGCUGGCAUUAUUUCUGUAUUCUCAACAUUUUCUGAUCUCAUUGAUUUCAAUCAACAUCCUUCUCAGGAACUUCAAGAUGGAGUUAUAGUAUCCUUUCAGAAUUACCAGCAUAUACUUGCCUUAACAUUUGCUCUCAAGGAGAUCAAUGAGAAUAUUCAGAUCCUACCCAAUAUCACACUGGGCUUCCAGCUUUAUAAUAGCAAUUCCAGUCCGAGUUGGACAUAUCUUGUCUCAAUGGUACUUCUCUUCAACCAGGGCAGAUUCAUCCCUAACUACAUCCAUGGGGUGCCAAACACUUUAGCUGCAGUCAUGGGGGGAUCGGACAUCUGUCUCUAUAUGGCAACUGUCCUGUGCAUCUACAAAGUUCCUCAGUUGACCUAUGGCUCUGCUCCAGUUAUGGAUAAAGACACUCAAGUUUUCUUCCAACAAAUGUUUCCAGAUGAAUCCCAUCAAUGUAGGGGCCUCCUCCACCUAUUGCUGUAUUUUGGAUGGAUCUGGAUUGGAGUUCUUGUUGUGAAUGAUAACAAGGGAGAUAAAUUUGUACAAGAGGUGCUUCCCACAUUUUCCCAGCAUGGCAUCUGCUUUGAUUUCAUACAAGAGUUCCCUAGGGUAGAUUUUUACAUUGAUUUUAAUGAUCUAAUAGAUGAAGGAAUCCAUAUAUACCAAAUUCUCAUGAACAGUACAGCCAAUGUCAUAGUCUUCUAUGGUGAAAUUGAAUCUAUAUCACUUCUGAGAACGUACCUCCAUUUAUCAGAAGUAGUGGAUAUACCAAAAAAGACAAAAAUGUGGGUUACAACCGCUCAGACAGAUUACACUGCCAGUUCAUUUCAUAAAUCUUGGGACAUCCAUUUUCUACAUGGGGCUUUAUCCUUUGCAGUUCACACAAAAGAACUCCAAGACUUCCAGAAAUUUCUUCAAAAUCUAAAUCCAACUAAAAACCAGCAUGACCAUUUUCAAAAAGAUUUUUGGGAACAGGCAUUCCAUUGUGUCUUCUCAAACUCAAAAAUGGAGAAAUCUGAGAAAAAAUGUACUGGACAGGAGAAGCUUGAGACUCUUCCUACAUCUGUGUUUGAAACACGCAUGAGUGGCCAAAGCUACAAUAUUUACAAUGCAGUCUAUGCUAUUGCAUAUGCUUUGCAAUCAUUGUAUUUAUCCAAAUCCAUGGGAAGAAUAAUAGUGAAAGUAGGAAAGCAGCAGUUUCAGAAUCACAAGCUGUGGUGGCAGAGAAUUUACAGAGAACCACCUCACAGCCCUGUUUCAGGUGACAUAAGCCUUCUUGGGCAAAGGGGACUCAGGACAUGUGGGGCAUGUGGAGGAAUUUGUUCAACAUUUGCAUUACCUCUAUCUUUGUGUAGUGAUCCUUGUGAGACAGGAUACAGCAAGGCCAAGAAAGAAGGGGAAUCAUUUUGCUGCUAUGAUUGCCUUCCAUGUCCAGAAGGCAAAAUAUCAAAGGAGAAAGAUAUGGAUGACUGCUUUCUAUGUCCAGAAGAUCAUUAUCCAAACCCUGACAAAAAUAUGUGCAUUCCAAAGCAGAUCACCUUUUUGUCCUAUGAAGAACCUUUGGGGAUCAGUCUGACCAUUCUUUCUCUUUGCUUUUUUUUAAUGACAACUUUAGUAAUCACAAUUUUUAUGAAACACAAAGAUACUCCCAUUGUCAAAGCCAACAAUCGGAAUCUCACUUAUAUACUCCUGGUUUCCCUCCUUCUCUCUUUCCUUUGUGUUUUUCUAUUUAUUGGAAGACCCAAUAAGAUUGUGUGUCUCCUUCGACAACCGGUUUUUGGCCUCAUUUUUUCUGUAGCAGUUUCUUGUGUAUUGGCCAAAACCUUUGUUGUAGUUCUAGCAUUCAUGGCUACCAAACCUGGUUCCAGGCUGAGGAAAUGGGUGGGGGGGAGAAUGAUUAGUUUCAUUGUUCUAUCCUGUUCUCUUGUUCAAAUAAUUUUUUGUGGUGUGUGGCUGAUAACAUACCCACCAUUCCCAGUUUUUGAUAUGCAAUCAAUGUCUGAAGAAGUCAUCAUGGAGUGCAGUGAAGGAUUGGUCACUAUGUUCUACUGUGUUUUGGGCUUUAUGAGUUUUCUUACUCUGGUUAGCUUCUUUGCUGCUUUUCUGGCUAGGAAAUUACCUGACAGUUUCAAUGAAGCCAAAUUCAUCACCUUUAGCAUGUUGGUCUUCUGCAGUGUUUGGUUGUGCUUUAUUCCAACCUAUCUAAGUACAAGGGGAAAAUAUAUGCUGGCCGUGGAAAUCUUCUCCAUGAUCUCCUCCAGUGCUGGAUUAUUGGUGUGUAUCUUUCUUCCCAAAUGUUUUAUCAUUGUGAUGAGACCUGAACUGAACAAUAAACAUCAGCUCAUGAAAAGAACAUUUUAA